CUCCAACAGCAGCAGCAGCAGCCGGAUCUUCGUCGACCACCGUCCACAGCACCACUACCUGCAACAUCAGCCGAGCUACAUUAGCAGCAGCACUAGUAACCUCGCGGCUGCUGCCCGGGACUCUCCCAGAUAUGGCGGCAACCCGGUGUCCAGAAGCCAGUCCUUUGGUGGGUUGUCCAUAGCUGCCAACACAUGGCCCGCAUCCUCUUCUACAGUUCUAGGGGAGACCAUGAGGAGGAGUCCACGAGGCUACAAGAAGAUCCACAUGCGAUUGCCCUCGUUCCGCAAAUCCGCCAAAAUGCCCAAAGUUCCCAGUCCUAAGCGAGCCAUGAUGGUGUUCGAUAGCGUGAGGAAGGGUCUCGGGGAGUUUGUUCAAGCCACACAUGAAAACAUUGCACAGUUGUUGACCUCUGAGAAUGCUGCCUCCAUCUCACAGGGGAGGUUACUAGAAACAGAUAAGAAAAUCAAAUCGGCAGAGAGAUAUCUGAAACGGUUAGAAUGUCACCUGGCGAAAAUUGAAGAACUACAUGACUCUUAUUUGCUUAACCAGCAACUUCGAGAAGGAGCCGCUAACAUGGCUAAAGCCUUCAGCACAACAAACUCAGACAGCCGUAAAGACUCCAUUUCUAACAUUAAGUAUGGCUACAAAGAGUGCUCUCAGACUAUGUGUGCCAUCGAGGUCCAGCUAGAGAGUUUUUUGGGAACUUUCAGUUGUAGUCUUAACGGAAUCGCUGGUUACGCAAGGGUUGUCCCCGGUGAUGUUUUUGAAGUGCUGAUCAAACAUGGUGAUCAAAAAUGGAAGACGAAAGGAAGAAUUGAGAAAGAUAGCAGCCAACGAUGGGACUCUCCCAGUCAUACUUUCAAGUGUCUUGUUGGAGACCUGCUUAGCAUCAAGGUGUCUGAGAUGAAAGUGUUCAAGUCCGUGGUGCUGGGUCAGAAGAGCUGUGAGAUCUGGAACCCAUGUAUGAACGACACGGCCAGCCAGGGCCUCUUCUGUGCCAGUCCCCAGCUGAUGACAGUCAACAUUAAUGUCCAAGGAUCUCUCAAGCUCAGCAUUGUCAUCACUUGGAAUCCUUUAGAUGACGUGGAUGAAUCCAUUAAAUAUAUCCAGUCCCCUUUGCGCACCGCAGGCCUGGCACUCGGAAAACGGCCUGUAUCCAUGGUUUCUUUGACGGAAAGUUUGUCCAGCAGAAGCUGCAGCUCAUUAGCCCGGCACGAUAGAAGAUUUCCACACCCACUUCAAGACUUCAAACAUCGAGAUGACAGCGGCAUCUAUGGCUCUGCCACAUCUCUCCCAAGUCACCUGACCGCAGACUCCGUGCAUGCUCCCCACAUCCUUUCAGCAUCCCCUCUCAUUCGGGGCCAUGACCCCUCUCGGAGGCCAGACAUGCCACUUCUAUUCUCCACUUCUAUACUACAGGCCACUUCCAUGCCAUCAAUUAUCCAAGAGGUGACACAGACCAUGGUUCCAGGUUUGAUGGUAAGACAGAUGACGCAACAAGACAACAUCAACACAGUUGAGGAGGCAUUACACAGCCUAAAGACCACAUUGGAGGACUUUCUGGGGCACUACCCGGAGCUGCAGAAGUUGGAGGAUGAGGUACAGGUGAUUGAGGCCCUGGUUAAGAAAUCAGAUCGUUCUAGAUCAUCAAGUGUCAAUGCAUCGAUAGAGGGCGCUAUAGAGGAGGCAUUUGAGUUCCUCAAUUUGGAAGGAAUUUUGGAAGAUCUGGAAGAGGAGGAUGAAAGUGAAGACAGCGAGGACAAACAAAUGGAAGAUAAAAGAUCAGACACCAAUCAAACAAUUGAUAGUCCCAGUUCUGAUGCGACCACAGUAGAUUCAGGAAUAGGAUCCUUGGCCAAACGGCUGCAACAGGACAUAACUCGAGGCUCUAGUAUGAGUUCCAGUCCUGUCCCAUCGUCUAGUGGGAACGAGCAAGUUGAUCAGGCUCUUGUGUUUCACCUGACUGUGUGUGAUAAACUGUUACAGAACCUGGGAAACUUUGGACCCCUGAGAUGCAGAGAAUUCUAUGCACUAGAUUAUUUACAGAAGCAGGCUGUGAUACUGGAAAGAUUGGUGAAAACAGCUAAAUCUAGUCAGGAAGUUAAUUUGGCUGCAGUGUUUUCUGAAAGGACUUUGGACAAAACAUUGAAAGAAGUCUGGGAGCUUUGUACUGAUCAAGCAGUGCUGUAUACACAGGCAGAAAAGCUUGUCUCUGUACUAGAACAUAAGUUUGCUGGCAAUCUUUCGGAGAAGUACCAAGUCAAACCAUUGCGAAUAUUCCAUCAGGUUAUGGCACGGAUGUUGUACGCCACCACAUAUGAGCCAGAGAUUGGGUCUACAUCCAUCGUCACAGUGCACCAGUUUAUGUUGUUCUUCAGGGGAAUCAGUGUGCUUGCCAAGAUAGAGAAGAUUGCAGACGAAUUGUAUCUCCUGGACCUGCUCAGCUCUGUCACCAGUGAAACGGUCAUCAAAGCCAUCGUCAGUCUCCAGGACCACCUGCCACCUCCCGUCUGCCUCAAGAUGCUGGCUGCCAGCGUGUACUUGAGGAUCAUCAGCAGGGAAAAGUCCCAGAGAGAAACAGCAUUGGUUGUUUUGGUUGAAGGACUGGAGGAUCAUAUCACAGAGGUCAGGGCUGGGUGCUGUGUGGCUCUGUCCAUUUUUGAGGCAGUCGAGUGCAUCAGUCAGCUUGUCCACCUCAGCCAAACAGAUUCAUCAUCCACGGUUCGCAGGAAAGCCAAAGAGUCCCUGUACUCAUUAGGUGAUGUUGGCAGAAAAGCAGUAGAAGAGGCUCAGCUGGGUGCCCAAGGUUUCCAAGGUCUUCAGAUGCACAAGCCUUGUUUCAGCAAGAUAAUAUAG